UUCAACGGCUGUCAAGCACCAAAAACAGACCAACAGAGAGCUAAGAGUAUCUAGGGUUUGCAGUCUCGCCAUAAUCAUCGAAGGAUCAGAAAUCCCGACCCAAUAAUCUCAAGGAUGAACACCGACAUCACGGCAUCAGUGAAGCCCGAGUACCCAGUGAUCGAUCGAAACCCUCCCUUCGCAAAAACCGUAGCCAACUUCAACACCCUCGAUUACCUCCGCCUCUCCACCAUCACCGCCGUCUCCGUCACCGUCGGCUACCUCUCCGGGAUCAAGCCUAAUAUUAGAGGGCCGUCGAUGGUGACCGGGGGACUGAUUGGGGUCAUGGGUGGGUUUAUGUAUGCGUAUCAGAACUCUGCUGGCAGGCUCAUGGGGUUCUUUCCCAAUGAGGGCGAGGUCGCCCGAUACAAGAAGUAGACGUCGAUGAUGAUCAUCGUGGUACAAAAUCUGUUACUUUAAUGGUCACAUUGUCUCGUCACUGAAUAAUUUGUUACAUCGGAUAAACCUGCAUUGUGCUUUUGUUGUAUCGCCUCGAACUACAAUUUGGCUUUCAAGCAUUUGAUGGAGCGUACUUGGCGAUGCCAGUGAAACAUUCUCAAGAAACCGACAGUGUUUUUCCAGUGAGCAUCAUUAUUAUUUAAGGUGCCCUUUUAUGUUUGAUGUGAAGAGUUUAGGUCUUUGCUGUAUUUUGUUUCCUAGUCACUAUCUAGUAAUUCUUUUUUAGUGUAAUGUUUAAUCUCUGUGCAUGGUUUUAUUA